AUGCCGUCUCCCAGCCACCUCCGACUCGCUCUGCUCACCGAAGAGCGCGACAUCCAGCGCGUCGCCGCCCUCGAGGCCGCCUCGUACCCCGCGGACGAAGCCGCCAGCGAGUCGGGCAUCCGCUUCCGGCAGCAGAACGCCGGCGCCUUCUUCUGGGCCGCGUACCUGCCGACUAAUGGGGACUCCGAGACCCUCGUGGGCUUCGUCAAUGGCACGCUGACCGCCAGGCACGAGCUGGACGACGAGUCCAUGAGCCAGCACGACCCGCACGGCUCGCUGCUGUGCAUCCACUCGGUGGUGGUGGACCCGGCCUUCCGUCGUCGCGGACUGGCCGCGCAGAUGCUCAAGCGCUACGUGAGACUCGUGUGCGACUUGCAGCCGCAGGUGACGCGCAUCAUGAUGAUCGCCAAGGCGUACCUAGUCAAGUUCUACGUGGGCUGCGGCUUCUCCGUCACGAGGCUGUCGCCUGUGGUGCACGGCCAAGACCCGUGGUUCGAGCUCGAGCUGGACUGCCAAGCGGCGAGAUGUCCGCCAAUGAUCCAGGUGGAUGCAUUCACGAGCGAGGCGUUUCAGGGCAACCCGGCGGCUGUGGUGCUGCUGUCGCCGGCUGCGUUCCACAAGCCCGAGGCGACGCAGUGGAUGCAGCGAGUGGCUAUUGAGAACAACUUGAGCGAGACAGCGUAUGCCGCUCCUCGUGGUCGCGAUGCCAAGAGCUCGGAGGAUGUCGUUGAGUACGAUCUGCGCUGGUUCACGCCAGGCGCUGAAGUGAAGUUGUGUGGACAUGCCACUCUGUCUACGGCGUUCGCCUUGCACGACGCCGGUCAUGUGACCACGAGCCACACUCUCCACUUCCACACGCUGAGUGGCGUGUUGGUGUGUCGCUUCGAAGUGCAGCCGGACACGCAGAAGCUACUCGUGCUGAUGGACUUCCCCGAGCAGCCAGCUGAGCCUGUCGAGCCCAACUUUCCCAUGGACGAGGUAGCAUCGGCGCUAGGAGUGCAGCGUGAAGCCAUCGUCGAUGUGAAGCAAGCCACGACGGACCUCCUCGUUCGCCUUCAGCCCGAAGCUUUCGCCACCAUCAAGCCCAACUUCGUGCAGCUAGGGGAAUUCGACGUACGAGGCUUCGCUGUCACGGCUGAAAUGGUACAGGACAGCGCGUCGAACGUGGACAUUCAAAGCCGGUUCUUCGGGCCUCGCGUGGGCGUGAACGAAGACCCAGUGACGGGUAGCGCGCAUUGCGCGCUCGGUCCGUAUUGGGCCCCGCUGCUCAAGAAGACCACGAUCAGGGCGCAGCAAUUCACCCCCGUUCGCGGUGGAUUCAUCACGCUAGACCUGGUGGCUGCUGGGGCUGGACGAGUGCUGCUGAAGGGCGAAGGAGUGGUCGUGCUGCGUGGGAAGCUAGCUUCGUCACCUUAG